GGAAUGUAGUUUUACCGGAAGUCACGUACGUUUCAUAUGAUGCGGUAAACAAAGAAGGAAAUCUUCAACAUGGACGCCUGCCUGAGUGUGCAAAAGGAAGUCGACAAAGUUCUUGGGAAAUUUGAUGGAAUCAAAGCUCAUUCCGCUCGUACUUUAGAGGAACUGAUCGAAAGCUUGAGUAACAUAAGACAGGAGUUGUCGAGUGCGGAGCCGCACACUGAGUUGAACAGAGUGCAUCAGCUGAUUCUCAGCUCCGCCCAGAACAGAACCAAAGACAUACUGACCCGAGUCAGCAAUGAGCACAAGGACAUCCACAGCAGCGUCUCCAAAGUGGGCAAGGCCAUUGAUAAGAAUUUCGCCAGUGAGCUGAUCCAGCUGAACUCUGAACAGACGUUUGAGUCACCGGAGAGAAUGCGGCUUCUCAAUGAGGUCAUCUGUGAACACUUCUUACGGCAGGGUAUGCUUGAUAUAGCAGAAAAUCUGACAGAGGAGGCUGAUCUAGACAUGUUAGACUCGGCCAAGGAGCCCUUCAUUGAAAUUAAUCAGAUCCUGGAGGCCCUGAAACGGAAGGAUCUUCGGCCAGCAAUGGCUUGGGCAGCCAGACACAGGGAGCAGCUUCAAGCUCAGAAUAGCUCGUUAGAGUUCAAGCUGCACCGGUUACGCUUCAUUGAGCUGAUUAGCCACGGAGGGGCCAAACAACAGGAGGCGCUGACAUUUGCAAGAAACUUCUCCUCGUUUGCCGAGGGCCAUGCAAAAGAGCUUCAGGUGUUGAUGGGCAGCCUCCUAUUCAUCCGUCAAGGCCUGGAGCACACGCCUUACUCUCAUCUCCUAGAUCCCAUCCACUGGGAUGACAUCUGUGACGUCUUCACCCAGGAUGCCUGUGCCCUGCUGGGUCUGUCGGUGGAAAGCCCUCUGACAGUCAGUAUAUCAGCUGGCUGCGCUGCUCUGCCAGCCCUACUUAACAUCAGACAAGUAAUGCAGCAGAGGCAGUGCCAAGUAGUGUGGAACGCAAAGGAUGAACUUCCGAUUGAGGUUGAUCUUGGCGAGAACCACCGCUACCAUUCCAUCUUUGCCUGCCCCAUCCUGCGACAGCAGACGUCAGAGACCAACCCACCAGUCCGCCUGACCUGCGGACAUGCCAUCUCAAGAGAUUCCCUCAACAAACUGACCAACGGAAACAAAAUCAAAUGUCCAUACUGCCCUGUGGAGUCAACGCCGGCUGAGUCAAAACAACUCUAUCUGUAGUGUAGCUCAAAGGCUCAGUGUAGACCUUUUAAAUCAGAUAUGUACAGUGUGUCACCUCGUCGUGAUUUUUACAAUUUCUUUUUUUCUUUUUUCUAUUUUUUUUUCUUUUCCCCCAGUUUUUGCACAUGAAAAUAUUUGAAACCAAAACCGUCAAACUCGAAAGUUUGGUUUCCGAUUGCACCAGUCAGUGUUUUACUGGUAAGGAAUUCGCGACCUCCUCUAUCAAAAGGAGUAAUACCGGGUAUGUGAUUCGAUCAAGCUAAAUGAGUCGUUUGUCUGGAUUUUUCAUUUGGAGAUUCAGGCCAAAAUAAGGUUCACUUCAUCACAUCACUUCAUCAC